UGUCUAUAAAUGCUCCUCUCUCUGUACCUGUUGACCGAGCGUUGCGUUCGUUCUAUGUAAGAUUGUGCUGUGACGAAGGUGCAAAGUUUGUAACUUAGCUACCUACAACGGUCCCUAGUUCUGUAGUAUAUUUAUGAACGUUUAUUACAGGUGCUGCAGUUAGCAAACAUGAGCACUGGAACUCCAUAUAUCGGCAGUAAAAUUAGCCUGAUAUCCAAGGCCCAAAUUCGAUAUGAAGGCAUUUUGUACACAAUUGAUAUGGAUAAUUCCACGGUGGCUUUGGCGAAAGUGAGAUCCUUCGGUACGGAGGGGCGUCCAACGGAGAGGCCGGUGCCGCCAAGAGAUGAAAUUUAUGAAUAUAUUAUUUUCAGGGGGAGUGAUAUUAAAGAUAUCACCGUUUCCGAACCUCCAAAAUCUCACCAUGGAUUACCUCAGGAUCCUGCAAUAGUGCAGUCCUCAAUUGCCAGUUCAACCCAAUACCAGCCUCAAGUUCCCUAUAGUCCUUACCGGAGCAUGAACCAAUCCUACGGCCAGCUGGCUGCCAGCUCCCUCCUCAAUCAGCAGUAUGCUGCAGCGCUAGGUCUUGGGGCUGGGUUUCACGGUUUCCCGAUGAGAAGGGGCCCAAUGGUAGAGCAGGCUGUGCAGACUGUGCCAGCGGAAAGCACUGUUCAGAAAAAGGUCCUGCCUGUGUCCCAGCAACAGGGGCGAGAAACAGCCAGGCCCCCUCAGCGAGCAGGACGUGGGAGCCCCCAACCACAAAGGACUGGCCCCAGUAAUGCAGUAGUAAAACAGCCUGGUGUGUUGCAAGAUCAAGAGCAGGGCAGUGAUGAAACUCGACGGUCCCAGCGGAGGAGACCGGGUAAUAGAAGGUCCAGGAACCGUGGAAGAGGACAAAUUCUGGUUGGAAACUCAAAGCCUAGCACACUCCAGUUUGAGUCUGACUUUGAUUUUGAAACUGCAAAUGCCCAAUUCAACAAAGACGACCUUGAAAAGGAGUUGCAGGAUGAGCUUAACACCAAAGAUGCAAAGGAUGAUGUGGAAGAGAAGGUGGACUCUGGAGUGGAAACUCAGAACGGUGACGGUACGGUGGAGGAGGAUCCCUUCGGUCCCAAGUGCUACUAUGACAAAACAAAGUGCUUCUUUGACAACAUUUCAUCUGAGCUAAAAUCCAGGCGUACCACCUGGGCUGAGGAGAGAAAGCUGAAUGUGGAGACAUUUGGGGUGCCUGGCAGAUUCCUGAGAGGCCGAGGGUUUCGGGGGGGCUUCCGUGGACGGAGGGGUCGGGGUGGCCCACAGCGUGUUCCCCCCAUGCAAAAAGUGGGCUCUGGGAGGGUGUAAUGGGCCUGCCUCUUGGAGCUUGAUGUCUUCAGCAGGGUGGUGCAGUUGGCUUAUUUUUCUUUUUUCAUUCUUUUUAUUUGUGUUCUCCCCUUCUCUCCCUGCAAAUUCCAUUUUAGUUGAUUAUUCUCACCACCUUGUGACUGGCCUGUAUCUUUGAAAUUGGAUAGGAAGUGAGUUUUGUAUGUUACACUAUGAAAUUUCUGAAAUUAACUUCAUAAUUUGUCAUUUGUUUCAAAUACUGUUUUAUAACCUUUUUAACAUUCACAUUAAUUUUGCUCCUUUAUGGAACAAAGGCUUCAAAUAUUUGUAUGUGCAAUCAAGUUGUAUUACUGCAAAGGCUUCACUUCCUAAACAAUUUGUAUUAAAAUAAUUUCAGACUAUUUAAAAGUAUUUAGUGAUAUAAUGCUGAGUCUGAGGAAAGCACUUUAUUUUGAAUUCUUUAUUGUAAAUAUGUCACUGAAGCAAUGGAAUGUUAAAGGCUUAAGAUUGCCAAAAUAUUUGCCUAAAAGACAAGAAUCCCAUAAGUGUUUGUCAUUUGGUUAACAUUAAUAUAAAGGGGCAUUUUGUUUUGAUGUUUCUGUAAAAUAUGAGAAAUGCAACUGACAUGGUGACGAUCUUGGUACUAUGAUCCAUUGCUAAUAAAGGACUGCUCCAUGCAAUUGA